AGUCGGUCAGCCGGAAUGUUCCACAGCCCGGUGGAUGAUUGAAUUUUGAGUCUGACCGGUGCCUAGAUGAUCAUCGGCUAGUUUUAUGCUUAUCAUCGCGUCCCCAGUUUCGACCUUUCACGAUGUUUCAUCCCUCAGAAUGAUUAGGGUUAUGAUGUCCCGGUGACAGUCACCUGGCUGGUCAGUCAGCUGGCAUGCCGGAUGGAGGAUAAAGAACCGGUGCCACACGAUGAGAUGGCAACCCAGCAUUGUUCUUGCCACAUUUUCCAUCCUCUGUCUCGGCUUUGCCUUUCGGAAUGAUUGCACGACAUCCUCCCAGACUUACGCCAUCUGUGGGCGCACUGCUUCACAACCCUAUCGCCCAGCCAAGAAAUUUCACCAUCCGCCUGAACCAUGGCAAUCGAACCUGUGGUUCACGCGGAACCAAGCACCCCCUGCACCGGGCGCCGUUGCAGCAGGAGGAAUUCAUAAAUUAGACACUGGUAUUUUUGAUUUAUUCCUAUCAUACAGUUCUUGAUGGUAUCAUGCAAAAUCCGGUUAUAACGCCUUGUG